CUCUACGUCAGUCGUGGUUACAACUCGUAAAGUGAUUAAAUAAAUAUCUAUUCAUUUAUACUCGUAAUUUACACAGUCCAACACAGAAUUGUAUAAAUAACCUUUAACGAUAAUAAAACGUAAUUAAUAACAAAGAUAAUGAAAUUAAUAGGAUCCGCAAUUAUAUUUACGAUCUGUUUGCGAAUUGCGGCCAGCAUCCGUUGCUAUGAAUGCACCAGCUCUAACAAUUCCAUGUGCUUGGACCCUACGAUAUACGAUAAGGAGACAGUCAAAAACUUCCUGAGGUCCACGGACUGCGAGCAAGGUGUCUUCUCAGCACGGCAUAAGGAUUUCUUUUGCAGGAAAAUUGUACAGACCAUUCUACAUAAAAACCACGACUCUGAGGUACGCGUAACCAGGGGCUGCGGUUGGGUGCGUCAUCACCGCGACUGUUAUAAAGCGGACAACGAGGACCACCUCGAGACCGUCUGCCAGUGCUUCAACGAUGACUGCAACCGCGGCGGCACCCUCGACAGCCUAUCACCCAUGCUUAUACCGUUCAGCAUCCUAGUUUUGAGAUUUUAAUUAAUAAAUAUUU